AUGCCGUCCUCCUUCCAACUCUCGUGGCCCUGCUUCUCCUCGAAGUCAUCAGGCUUCAUGAUGGCACCCUCCGUGACCAUUCUCCCUCUCGUUCUCCUCCUCCUCACCGCCACCGCCCGGAUCGCAUUAGCCUGCGAGCAUGGCGGUUCCGACUGCGAGGAGGACAGCUAUGGGGUUCUCAAACGUUACAUUUUCAACUGUUACAUGAAUUUGUCAUGCAAAAGCACUAUCAUCACCCACACGAUCAAGCUGCUUCGCAUGACAAAUUUGCGAAGGGCUAAAGAGCGCCUAAAUCUGUGCGAAAUUUGUAAUGCUAGAUGUGCAGCCGCCCCCCUUUGACUUUUGCUAUUCUACUUGCAUUACAAAUUCGUGUAACAGUUGAGAAUGUAACAGUUGAGAACGCCAUAACAGCGGCGCAUUUGGGAUUGCGCUAUUCUGCGUCUUGGCCGGCUUGGCGUGUUUCGGCUCGAUUAGGUACUGCUACCGGAACUGCUCGGGGGCGAAGGUAGGAGUCGGCUUUUUUGGCUCCUGGUGUGAACAAACAAGGAGGGGCUUGUUGAGAUUGUAAAGUUGUAAUGUAGUAUGAGAUCAUGGUAGUGAUGUGGCGAGUGAUGAUGAUUGCAGCAUCGUGUCGUUCCUUGUUUUAUUAAGUUUAACAUGCAAGCUUCCACUGCAGGUGCAAGCCGAUUUUGGAUGGAAUCGCAAGGGGUACAAGAAGAAAAAGCACGAGCAAAAAAACCGCGAGAAGCACCACAAGGAAGAAACUGAUCCCUCUGCCGCCGACCCUGCUGGUUCUGUGCAACCACCGGUACUGCUAACGGCGGACGGCAUUCAAGGUGUGGCUGCUACCACUGUUACCGGCAAAGACGCUGGCGUGGCGAAGGUCAUCGAACAACCGAGCAUGCUGGUCAACACCGCAGGUCUAAUAUGAGAGUGCACAACUUGAACUCCCCCUGCUCUACCACAUUUCUUCUUCUCAUGAAAAAAGCCAAACCCACAUCCACGCUUUGUCUUUGCGUUGUUUCCCUCUUGGUACUUUUCGCAUGACGUGCUCCUGCAGCCCAAGGAACACGACUACAACCGUAGGUGAAUCUGAAUUUGUCAUGCAACAGUUGCGCAGCUUUUUCCCUUGCUGACAUGUCUAUUCCUGCUCAUGCCUUGUAGAUCAGGAGGAAGAGGACGAAUUGUGCCCUCCUAUAGCUGAGUGUGCCGAUGGAACAAGGAGCUGCCGGGAUGGCGACCAUGAUCGUGAUCGCACAACAAGAAGCUACCGCUGGUGGUGGCGAAAACGCCGUCGCAGUGGAGGAUCCGGCCUCGCCCAGCAAGCAGUCGACCAUUCACGACGCAAUGACCCAAGAGCAGCAGGUAAAUUUUCGUGCGUCGUAGUAUUAGGUGCAGAAUAAAAAGAAAUCUAUAUUUGAUCGUAAUAAAAGCACCAUGAGAAUCGUUCUCCCAAAAUUUUUUGUAUUUCACAAUCAACUCCCUAUUCUGGACGAAGACGAUACUUGUGCAAGAAUUUUUAUGCAUAGGUUGCACUCGUCGGUAACUUGAAGUACAUCAGCGUGCUGGGCGGUGUGUGGGCAUCGGUCGCCUUUUUGCUCUGCUAUUCCCUGAAAAUUAGCCAUCCCCAUUCACUUUUUGCAUGACAAACACAGAUUUUACUACAUGUUUUGCAUGACAACUGGUUAAUUUUCACGGAAUAUCUGCUUCAUCGUGCUGGUCGGGGGGAACGUGGAAAGCGGGCUGGCGCUGGGGACGCUGACUGACCACAUCCGCACGAGGAGGACUUUAAGGACCACGACCCGCUUACUGAACGGAAACUGCGACGAGAGCAUGACCGGCAUCGGACGCGACUACCGGGGGUGUCAGACGCGGACCAGAACUGGCAGUCCUUGCGCCACCUGGCGCGGUUCUAUGUGGGAUCACGUUUACAGUGCUGACCACAAUUACUGCCGGAAUCCGGAUGGUGAUAGCGGAGGGAUAUGGUGCUCGGAGGUUGCAGGUGGAUGGGGCUACUGCAGUCCCCUGUCAACAACAACAUCGUCAGUCCAGAGUAGCAGUUCGGGAACGAGCAGCAGUUCGGGAACGAGCAUCACCACGACGAGCAGUAGUGCGGCUGGCGGAACAAGGUUGAAGAUCUCCCUAUGGGAUUCUCAAACGUUAACGUUACAUUCUCAACUGUGGCAUGAUUUGGCAUGCAAAAUGAAAAUUGCCAUCAAUAUCUAGUAGCAUGAUGAAGCUGCUGCUUCGCGUGACAAGUACAAGAAGUUCUCGACGCGCCAAAUAGAAUCAGAAUCUGCGCCAAAGAAGCCUGUAAUUCAAAAAGCGCAACAGGCGCCGCCCCCCUUUCACUUUUGCUAGUUUUGCAGCACAAACCCAUGUAACGACAAGAAUGUAUAGUAGCGUAGUUUGAGGGUCCCAUACCCCUCAGACUUUAACCUGUACGGCACUUCCGUUUGGAUUAACAACGAGCUAGAGGUCGCGUACUCGUACAGCGAGCUUGUUGACCUUGCCGGCGACUCCGAAGAUUUUCCGAAGGAUUGCAAGGCCGCCUCUUCACUGGCGACCGCCGGCCUUGUCUUCCUGUUGCUCGGUCUGCUGUCCACAGUUCUGUUGCUCCUCCCCAUCCUGAACCCUUCGAAGGCCCCGCGGACGGAAUUCCAGCAGUGGGUUUUGCGCACCGUUGUCGUCGAGAAGCAGCACCUUGUCCGGCCGGCUUUUCUGCUGCUCAGCUUCGCCUUCUUACUGCUGAACGUGGUUGCCCUCGUCCAUUGGUCCGCCAACUGCUUCAAUGCGGCCGCGAAAGCGCACGACUACGACACGGAGAGCUGGGGCUCGGCGUUCUAUCUUUACCUCUCCGGCGUUGGGCUGGCGACCAUGGCCUAUCAAAUGCACAAAUGUGUGGGUCUGGAAGAUUAAUACCAGGUUUGUCAUGCAUAUUUUGAAUGGCCCGUGACGUCUUUGAUGUAUGCCCUGGCAUCACAGAUUUUUAGAGGACUUUGUGAUGCCUCUGCCGCAUGAGAAAUUCCCUUUCCGCGUAGCACAAACUGGAGCUCUCUUGCUGGUCAUGCAAUAUAAAUUUUUUCAGAAUCCAGAGACAGCAUUACAAGUUUAGAACCUUCCAGACCCAGGAGACAUUUUUGCAUUUGAUAUGGCCGCCUGCGCGACCAAACUGUACCUGGACCGCGUGGACGACUGCUCGGACGAGAUGAUUACCGAAUUGCUGAAUCUUCCUAGGUACGCAUUGCAAAAGUAUCGUGCUAGUAUGAACUGCAUCACAAAUUUUAUUGCCAGAGAAGAAACUUGCAAUUUGUUAUGCUGGUUUGGGUAGAGCUAGAAGGUUGGAUUUGUACCUGCGCGACUGCAGUUAGUUUUAGUACGAGCACGAUAAGUACUUCUGCCGAGGAUUCUAGCAGCAGCGCCGCGACCACUGGUACGACUACUGGAGCCGACCGGAUCACUGCUGGUCAAGGUGGACCCGCAGGAGCGGGUGCUCGUCCGGUGCUUGCUAGUACAGCCGGUGGAGAGAAACAGGCCAGGACCGCACAGGUAGUAGAUUUUUAACUUUGUAAAGUAUUUCCAUACCCAUUUUUCAUUCCUUUCUCUUUCACGAUUGAUUAUGCUGCGGAUACUAAGUACCUGGCUUUAAUGAUCUCUCGCACAAAAUCAAAAUGAAUCUCAAAUCAUCAGAUUUUUCUCGGAAUUUCGGGCUUCAUUUCGAUUCUGAACCUGAUGCCAGCGACGCAUGAGUGGCUCCCGGUCGAUUGCCAGACGGACGUGUCGUUGAUGCAGGCGGCCGCGUUUCUCUAUGUGCUCGCGGCGGUGGGCAUGCAGUACUGGCUCCCCCGGGCGAUGGCGCAGGUGCUGCAAUGUACGGAUGACACCACACGGGAGCGCGUCGCGGCGUCCAAGCAGUUUUGCUUGGCUUUCGCUGGUUGCGGGACCGGUUUUUUCUGCAUCGCCCCGCUUGUCAAGUUUCCGAACGGUUGCGGCGAAGAGUUGCACGACGACGAUCCGCACUGGGCCACUUUCUUCCGGCACGUCGCGGCGACGGUUUGCUACAUCAUCGGGAUGAGCGUCGCGGCCGGCCAGCUGAAGGCUGCCGCGCGCCGAAACAAGAACUACUUGGGUAAGGAGCAGGCGGGUCGGGAAGAGGGACAACACGGACCGCAACUGGCAGCAGCUGCUGUCCAACAGAAGGCCGGCGGGCGAAUGAUGAUGAAGAUGUGAGACUGCACAGGAGACUUGUCGCAUCAAGAAUACGUUGUGAUAGAUAUUCAUCUAGACGGAGAUUAUCUUAUGGAUCAUGUAGUAGAUCCCACCUGCGCCUGUUUGCUCACAUGAUGCACUACAUGAGCAUGAUGUGAAUCGUGCAGCCGUAGUACGUGCUGCCACACUUCUAAAAUCAGGUGCAACAUAUUUAUUGGUUUCGUUGUUUUUAAGUAUGUACGCGAUUAAGAUCAUAACAUGAUUGACAUCCGGCUAGUCACCGGGCCGCUCUCUCAGUGGUUUAAUAAGAGCUUGCGCCGAGAAUGGGUGUCUGUGCACCGACGUGCCUCACCUGUUUAGGAAUUAUCCACAAGCUCGGACCGCAGGAGAUGUGACAUUCUUUUUUUGCGACUAGAGCACCAAGCCUGUUUCAUGAUAAAAUGCGGUUUUAUGUCUGCACAAGCCGGCGUAUUUUAUAGCAUAGAAUUUUUUAUCACGCACACUAAGAUCAUGAUGUCCAGUUCUACUGGGACCUCCCGGUCCCGGUAGAACAGAGAUUCGACUUUCAGAGGCGCUGCAAGAAUUUCAGCCGAAGGCAGGCAUGUUACGAUCAUAUUCCCUUAAUUCAAUCUUCUUUGAUGUUUUUGAUUAGAAUCAAAAAUAAAAAACCUAUGCAUCCUACGCAUAAGUUAGCAUUUUGUUUCGAGAACAAAGUCAAUAUAAAAGAGCCACACAAGAACGAAAUAAACUCUAAGGAAAAACGUCACGCAAGAACUCUCUAACAAUGAACGGAACCACUGUGAUGAAGGAACAU